UGUCCAAAGCAAAACCGUUUGUUUUCCGUUUUAAACAACAUUAACCUGAGAUAAAGAGCUUAGCCUUAUACCUAUUUCAGAAAGUUCUUUUCUAUGUUUAUUUUUAGCAAAACUCUUUGUUAAUUUUUUCAUCAGAGAAACGCGGGAAAACCUAAAACGUAAAUAAAGUAAGGAGACAUUUAUAGCAUAACAUAAAGGGUUGAAGAAAGAAGAAAAAAAAAAGAAGUAUCGUUCCAAAAGAGGGGAGUCUCAGGAAAAAAAAAGAGAGAAAGUUUUUUUUUUCCGGUGACGGUGUCGGCUUCUCUGACGCUCCCCCCUGCCUUUCUCUCCCUGAAUGCUUUCAUCUGUAUUCAGGAAAACUGCGGCUAUCAAUGGUUGGAGGAGCGAAUACUUUAAAGGGAACAAUGGAUUCAAGCGACGCAAUUAAAGCACACACCAUCGUCUAGGUUUAAGAAAAAACGAGUUCUUCUAGGUUUUAAAAAGAUAGUGUCAAGUUGUUUGCAUGAAUUGCUUGGCUACGACCAUAACCAUCACUUGCAAACCAACAUUGAUCUCGGAUAUGGCCGUGGCUAUUGAUCCAUUCAGUGACAAGUUCCCUUACUUCAACCGUUCCUCACAAAGAUGCAGACUCCAAUCCCUCACCAACCUUGACUUCAGCUUCCUUCAAUCCUUUAAACCAAAACCUGAAGAUGACAACAUCCAUAGAAGCGUCUCUUCUCCUUGCUUCUCUAUAGCUGCCUCUGCUAACAUGGAAGAAGAUAAGAAAACAACCGCUGCUCCACAGAUUGAGAUUCUUGGUGGACAGAGAGUUACCACCGUUCGUGCCCUAGUGGCUGAGGUGACAAUGGCUAUUGUCUCCGGAGCCCAGCCUAUGCUUUUACCAAGUGGCUUGGGAGGUGCCUAUCUUCUCCAAACCGGGAAGGGUCACAACAUUGCUGUGGCUAAACCGGUUGAUGAGGAGCCUUUAGCUUUAAACAACCCUAAAAAGUCUGGAAGUUUGAGGCUAGGGCAACCUGGUAUGAAACACUCUAUUCCUGUUGGUGAAACUGGUGUAAGAGAGUUAGCUGCUUACUUACUUGACUACCAAGGCUUCUCUAGUGUUCCACCAACAGCUUUGGUUAGUAUCUCACAUGUUCCUUUCCACGUCAGCAACGCCUUCUCCUCCAUGCCCUAUAAGGUUGCUUCCUUGCAGAGAUUUGUGUGUCAUGAUUUUGAUGCUGGAGAGUUAGGUCCAGGAAGCUUCACGGUUGAUUCGGUUCAUAGGAUAGGUAUACUUGAUGUGAGGGUGUUGAACCUUGACAGGCACGCAGGGAAUAUGCUGGUGAAGAGAUGUGAUCGAGACAAGGGAGUUGGAACUGCUGAGCUUGUCCCUAUAGAUCAUGGUCUUUGCCUCCCUGAGUGUCUAGAUGAUCCUUACUUUGAAUGGCUUAACUGGCCUCAAGCUUUGGUUCCAUUCACAGACACUGAGCUGGAGUAUAUAUCUAGUCUAGAUCCUUUCAAGGACGCAGAGCUUUUGAGAAGUGAACUACACUCUUUGCCUGAAUCUGCCAUAAGGGUCCUUAUAGUAUGCACCGUUUUCUUGAAACAAGCAGCUGCUUCAGGGCUUUGUCUUGCAGAGAUAGGUGAGAAGAUGACUCGAGACUUCGCUAGAAGUGAAGAUAGUUUCAGUCUGUUGGAGACCCUUUGCACCAAAGCAAAAGCAACUGUAGUUAACAAAGGAAAUGAAGUGAAAUGUGAAGUGGAGGUUCAUGUAUCUAAACCACCUUUGGCUCCCAAAGGACCACAUGCAAAAGAAAAGAAGAGAGGAAACACCAUGAGGAGCAUGAGCCCAUCAAUGAGUGUGCACCAUGCUGAAUCAGAAGGUGUUUCUUUCGGGGACAUGACAACAGUCCAAUGGGACAUGUUCCUGGAGAGCUUCCAGAGACUUUUGCAAGAAGCACUGAGCAAAAGGCUAGUGCCAAGUUUAGGAAAACAAUAAUAAAAGAAGACAAAGAAAAAACAAAAAACUUAACCAAUAAGAUGAAAAAUCUCAAAAAGGUUAAAACAAACUUUCAGGUGUUUAUAUAGAGGUAAACAAGGUGUGCAUAUGAACAUAGGCUAACUAUUUAAUACCUUAGAAAGCAUAUGGAUUAUGAGACGAGCAGAGUAAACCGUCCAGUCCAAUAUACUUGUUAUUUUUUUCUUCUUUCUCAUCCCAUAUUGUAUCAUGUUAUUCUGAGCAUUAAUUACCAUUAAAAUUUUCUGUAUAAAAUCAAUUGUAAUG